CGGCGGCGGCAGGUGGCCCCGCGCGCGGCGGCCGGCCCGGCCGGGGGCGGGCGGGAAGGUGGCGCCUCGGGCGGGGGCCGGUCCCUGCACCAGGUGACCUGCUCCGGCCCGGAUCCGGGCGGCCUCGCUAUGCAGCGGCGCGGCGCGGGGCUCGGGUGGCCGCGGCAGCAGCAGCAACAACCCCCGCCGCCCGCGGUCGGUCCCCGGGCCGCAGCCAUGGCCCCCCCGAGCGGCGGCGUCCCCCCGGGCCUCGGCGGCCGCCCUGCCUGCGCGCUGCUCCUGUUCUGCUACCUGAACAUCAUGCCGUCUUUGGGCAGGCAGACUUCCCUGACGACGUCGGUGACCCCCAAAGCUGAGCACAGCGUGGCUUACAAAGACUUUAUUUAUUUCACUGUCUUUGAAGGGAAUGUCCGCAAUGUUUCUGAAGUCUCGGUUGAGUAUUUAUGCUCUCAGCCUUGUGUUGUCAAUCUGGAAGCCGUUGUUUCAUCUGAGUUCAAAAGUAGCAUCUCUGUGUACAAAAAGAGGUGGAAGAACGAGAAGCAUCUUCACACCAGCAGGACACAAAUAGUACAUGUGAAAUUUCCAAGCAUCAUGGUUUAUAGAGAUGAUUAUUUCAUCAGACACUCCAUUGCAGUAUCCGCGGUGAUACUACGCGCCUGGAUUACUCACAAAUACAGUGGCGCAGACUUGAAUGUUAAAUGGGAGGAAAAUUUGCUACAUGCUGUAGCGAAGAAUUAUACUCUGCUGAAGACGGUCCCACCUUUCGAACGCCCUUUCAAAGAUCAUCAAGUGUGCCUUGAGUGGAACAUGGAUUAUAUUUGGAACCUUCGAGCAAACAAGAUUCCCCAGUGUCCUCUUGAAAGUGAUGUGGUCACCCUCCUGGGCUUUCUCUAUGCCUCCAGUGGAGAAAACACAGGCAUUGUGAAGAAGUUCCCAAGGUUUCACAACCGAGAGCUGGAGGCCACCCGACGCCAGCGGAUAGAUUACCCAGUGUUUACUGUUUCAUUGUGGCUUUAUUUACUCCAUUAUUGCAAGGCCAAUCUCUGUGGGAUUCUGUACUUUGUUGAUUCUAAUGAGAUGUACGGCACACCAUCUAUAUUUCUCACUGAAGAGGGCCACUUGCAUAUCCAAAUGCAUCUCGUCAAAGGAGAAGACCUUGCUGUGAAAACGAAAUUCACCAUGCCUCUGAAGGAGUGGUUUCGACUGGAUAUCUCUUUUAACGGAGGCCAGAUCGUAGUCACCACCAGCAUUGGACAGGAUUUGAAAAGCUACCAUAAUCAGACCAUUAGCUUCAGAGAGGAUUUCUAUUAUAAUGACACUGCUGGAUACUUCCUUAUUGGAGGGAGCAGGUACGUGGCCGGCAUUGAAGGGUUUUUCGGACCCCUGAAGUAUCAUCGUCUCCACACUCUGCGUCCUGCACAGAUUGGUAAUCCCCUCCUUGAGAAGCAACUUGCUGAACAGCUCAAAUUAUAUUAUGAGAGCUGUGCUGAGGUCCAAGAAAUAGUGUUUGUGCACACGUCCACGGUACAGCAAGGGGGCGGGCGACAGGAAGCAUGUGACCUCCGGAACUCCUACCUGGACCUGAAGCUCAGGUACGGGAGACCCUCCACGUGCAGAGCCUUCCCCUGGGAGAAGGAGCUGAGAGACCGGCACCCCAGCUUGUUCCAGACCUUGCUGGAGAUGGGCUUGUCGGCAGUGCCAAGGAACCAAAAUGAAUCUGUAUUAGAAAUCGGCAGGAGGAUAUUUGAGAAGGCUGUAAAGAGACUCUCCAGUGUUGAUGGUCUUCACCAAAUUAGCUCUGUUGUCCCCUUUCUGAUGGAUUCUAGCUGCUGUGGAUACCAUAAAGCAUCCUACUACCUCGCAGUCUUUUAUGAAACUGGAUUAAAUGUGCCUCGGGAUCAGCUGCAGGGCAUGUUGUAUAGUUUGGUAGGAGGCCAGGGCAGUGAGAGGCUGUCUUCCAUGAAUCUUGGAUACAAACACUACCAGGGUAUUGACAACUACCCCCUGGACUGGGAGCUGUCCUAUGCCUACUACAGCAAUAUUGCCACGAAGACACCCCUUGACCAGCACACGCUACAGGGAGAUCAGGCGUAUGUUGAAACAAUUAGACUGAAGGAUGAUGAAACGCUCAAAGUACAGACCAAAGAGGACGGAGAUGUCUUUAUGUGGUUGAAGCAUGAAGCCACCCGAGGCAAUGCGGCAGCUCAGCAACGAUUGGCCCAGAUGCUGUUCUGGGGCCAGCAAGGCGUGGCCAAGAAUCCUGAGGCGGCGAUCGAGUGGUAUGCCAAGGGCGCGCUGGAGACCGAGGACCCUGCAUUAAUAUAUGACUAUGCCAUUGUGUUAUUCAAGGGUCAAGGAGUGAAAAAGAACAGACGGCUUGCUUUGGAGCUGAUGAAGAAAGCGGCUUCCAAGGGAUUGCAUCAGGCAGUCAAUGGCUUGGGAUGGUAUUACCACAAGUUCAAGAAAAAUUAUGCCAAAGCAGCAAAGUACUGGUUAAAAGCAGAAGAAAUGGGGAAUCCGGAUGCAUCGUACAAUCUUGGAGUCCUGUAUUUGGAUGGCAUUUUCCCCGGAAUUCCUGAAAGGAAUCAAACUUUAGCCGGUGAAUAUUUCCAUAAGGCUGCACAGGGCGGACACAUUGAAGGAACCUUGUGGUGUUCUCUCUAUUAUAUCACAGGAAACCUGGAGACAUUCCCUAGAGAUCCCGAGAAGGCUGUUGUAUGGGCAAAGCACGUAGCUGAGAAAAAUGGCUACUUGGGCCAUGUCAUUCGCAAAGGCCUCAAUGCCUACCUGGAGGGCUCAUGGCACGAAGCUUUGCUGUAUUAUGUUUUAGCAGCAGAAACUGGAAUCGAAGUGUCCCAGACAAAUUUAGCACACAUCUGUGAGGAGAGGCCAGACCUGGCCAAGAGAUACUUGGGUGUUAAUUGUGUUUGGAGAUACUAUAAUUUCUCUGUUUUUCAAAUCGGUGCUCCUUCAUUUGCGUAUUUGAAAAUGGGAGACCUUUAUUACUAUGACCACCAAAACCAGUCCCAAGACCUUGAGCUGUCCGUGCAGAUGUACGCCCAAGCAGCGCUGGAUGGAGACUCGCAGGGAUUUUUUAACCUGGCUCUGCUCAUUGAGGAAGGUGCUAUAAUCCCACGUCAUAUUUUAGAUUUCUUGGAAAUUGACCCAACUAUCCAUUCUAAUAACAUCUCCAUCCUCCAGGAACUGUAUGAAAGGUGCUGGAGCCAGAGCAGUGAGGAGUCCUUCAGCCCCUGUUCCCUGGCCUGGCUUUACCUUCACCUGCGGCUCAUCUGGGGUGCCGUCCUGCACUCUGCCCUGAUCUACUUUCUGGGAACCUUCCUUCUGUCUGUACUGAUCGCCUGGACCGUGCAGUAUUUCCAGUCUGUUUCAGACCAUAGGAUGGAAGGCUUUCGUGCAUCUUGUGGAAUAUCUCACACUUAGUAGGUGCUCAAAGUUGCAAACCUCUGUCGGUGGAGAAUUACAAUUUUCCACCCUCUUGGACGGCUGCAGAAGGGCACGAUCACUCCUGAAGACCAGGAGGGACAUUUACAAACGGGCAAAUUGGGACUGGACAUGGCAUCGUAACACGUGCUCAACCAGUUUGUGCAGCAGAUAAUGAAAAGCGAAAGGAGUGCGUCUCACCGCAGAUUCGAUGGUGGGAAGGAAGUCUCUGUUACAAGAGGCUAACACAGAAUCAUUUCCCUCUGAUUAACCUGAGGUUAACAAGGAGCCAUCAAAACCCGUCCAGAGCUGAUGCCCCGUUGUAUGCCGGCUUAUAAAUUUUCCUCAUGCAAAUUCUGUCCCAUCCCUAAAUUUGUUGCCAGGUAGAGCACAUUUAUUUUGCAUCUUGUCAGUGUUUUCCAUUUCAAAUUAUCUUUGUCAUUUUUACUCUGUAGAAAUAUUGUUAUGAUUAUUACAAAUGCAAUUCCGUUAGAGGAGCUGAAAAUUGUCUUUAUGAUUUCAUGCCAGCUGGUAGCCAUGAAAAUUCAUGGGCUGGUGGAAUUGCUUUUAUCAGAAGUUGUCUCUUUUUCCUGUCUUCCUGUCUGCAUUAUCAGUCUCUCCACAUUCUUGCCUCCCUGCCCCUCCUGCCCUUUGAUAUUUUUUUUCCCUUUGCUAUGUAUCCUUUGCUCUUUCGCAUGUGUUCUUCAUUUUUUUGCAAACUCGUUCACUUCCUGAGCAUACCUCCUUGCGUGUUGCUGGCCUUAGACUAAGUCUGGAUGGGCUCUUAAAGUUAAUUUAAUUCUAUGCCCUUCAUUUUGCAGAUGAAGAAAUUGAGGCCAAAUAGAUGAAGGGGUCUGCCCCAAAUCACAAAAUAAUAUCCAAGAAAGGACAGAGGGCAGCAGGAUUUCAAACUUUUUCAGAAUUGUGAUACAGUUGACCCUUCAGCAACGGGGUGGGGGGGGAGCUGCUAAGGACCGACCUACCCUGCAGUUGAAAUUCUGCAUAUAACUUUUAACUCCCCCAAAACUUCAUUACUGCCUCCUGUUGACCAGAAGCCUCACCGAGAACAUGAACAGUCAAUUAACACAUAUUUUAUAUGUUAUGCAUAUCAUAUACUAUAUUCUUACAUUAGAGAAAAGAAUUCGUUAUUCAGAAAAUCAUAAGGAAGAGAAAGUCCAUUCAUGGUGCUGUACCGUGUUUAUUAAAACAAAAAACCCCCAAAACAAAAAAACUUGUGAAAGUGGAUCCAUCCAGUCCAAAGCUGAAUUAGUCAAAGGUCAACAGUAUUUUGAACUAGUGGUUACCAAAAAUAAAUGAAUAAAUAAAAUUAAAUAAAAUAGUGGUUACCAUUCUGUCUCUGACCUAUUGUUCCCUUAUAUAAAAAAUAUUUUGUAGCACGUUUUUGGUACCUUGAAAUGAAUGAUAAUUAUCCUGCCUACACACAUAUUUUUAAAAGUAAUUGCCCUAAAAGCAAUAUAAAGGAGAAAUAAAAAGAAAUGAAUUAUAAUAAAAUGACACAUAUUUUACUAUGUGAAUUCCAGCCCCAUACUUCUUUACUGUAAUGUGCACAUGAAUCACCCCAGGAUUUUGUUUAAUGCAGAUUCUGAUUCAGUGGGUCCAGGGGUUGGCUCUGGGAUUCCACAUUUCUAACAAGAUUUGAGGUGAUGUCCACGCUGUGGUUCCAUGGGCCACACUUUGAGUAGGAAGGGCCUAGAAGAAAAAAAAAAAAAAAUCUCCACGUUAUUUCCAAAAUGUGCCCUAAGUGGUGCCUACCAGCCCUGAUAGAACUCGUGUUAAGAGUUAAAAUACAUAGUAAAUUAUUUUCAUUUUUUUUUAAAGAUUUUAUUUAUUUAUUUGACAGAGAGAGAG